ACCGCCUCUCUCUGAUCUUCCCGUGAUUCCUUUAAAUCGAUCAGCGAUUGAUCUCAAGUUCUCAACAGAGAGAGAAGUUUGUUUUAGAGAGAUUUUGAUAUCUAGGGUUUGCUUUGGAUACUUACUUCGUCUUUCCUAGGGUUUUGGUGCAGAUAUGGAUUCCAUGAUGAAAGAUGUUGAUCCGUCCGUAUUGUUAGCCAAUGACUUUAUACAAUCUCACUUCACGAAUUUAAAUACUUCCGAAGCAUUAGCCAAUUGCUUUCUCCAAUCUUACUUCCUGAAUCUUGGAGUCUAUCCCGAGGUAGUUCACAUGAUGUGGUAUGCCGACGACAGUGUUAUGACUAGACCCGGUCCUGAUGGUACAAUGAUGUCUUUUACAUCACCUGAGGCAAUUAUGGAGCAAAUCGUUUCAUGCGACUAUGAAGGUGCUUCGUUUGAUGUGAUGAGUUUUGCUGCUCAGAGUUGCAAUUCUAGUUCUGAAGAUGGAGCAUUUAUCAUGGUUACUGGUUUCUUGACUUGUAAAGACAAACAAUUGAGGAGGAGAUUUGUUCAAUCUUUGUAUUUAGCACGUCGUCAAGAUAGGUCUUAUGCCAUUGUCAAUGAUAUCCUCCGCUAUAUCGAUUCAAUACCAGCAUUACCUUCUGUUCCUGAAUCCGAUUUUGCAGCUGGAUUUGUCAAGGUUUACUACGAGUUGCCUAUGCGUGAGGAAGUUGGUUUGAUGUAUGUCAAUGAAAGUGUUAUGAGCAGACCGACUUCGACUUCUGGUAGAACAAUGGUCGAGAUGCCAGGCCUUGAUGCAAUCAACAAGAGGGUCUCCAAUGAGCAUAGGAGGGCUUCUAAUUUUAUAUUGAAUAGUGUGGAUUAUCAGAUCUGCAGAUCCUUUAAAGAUAGAAUCUUUAUCAUGGUAUGCGGUUUCGUGACUCUAGACGACAAAACAGAGAGGAAGUUUUUGCAAUUUUUCUAUGUGGCGCGUAGUCAAAAUGGGUCUUAUGUUAUCUACAAUGACAUCCUCCGUUAUGUUGAUGUUACUCCUCAAGACACACUUGAAAGCUUGAGCCAGUCCGCUGCAAAAACUAGUACUGAUGUCGAGCUUCCUUACUUCAUGGUUAAGAAGGGGAAGUUACUCUCUUAUUUUAACAACAUAGACCCGCAAAAUUACCACCACUAAUGGUUUAUGCUAGUGUUGUUGUUUCGCCAACUUUUUUUUUUUU